AUGUCUAAUUCCAACGACUACGAGCGGUUCGUCCAUCAGAUGCAAACCUUCCGCGCAUCUGAUGAGGCCAGAGAGCAUUUCGUUAGCGAAAUUCUAGCAAAGUAUCAAGCCUUGUCCGAAGAACACGGCAAUUUGAAGAAUGAUUAUUUGAGUGAAAGAGAUAUCAGGCGAAACUACCAGAGAACCGUUGAAGAGAAACAGGGCUUGGUGGGGGAUUACGAACGUCAGCUUGAAGCGAGUUCGUUCGUAUUGGCACUUAUUGAUGGUGAUGGAGCUAUCUUUCAAGAUGCGUUACUUCAAGCCGCUGGUGGCGACGGUGGGUCGGAAGCUGCAUCACGAUUGUACCAUGCAAUGCGCGACCAUGUUGCUUCGCUCUACAACAAUUCCGGUAACUGGCCGAUUAUGGUCCAAGUCUAUCUAAGUCUCGAUAAGCUCUCACAAAAGUUGGCAUCGGUUGGCCUUCUUCGAAGUCCACAGGAAUUGCGAGCCUUUGCACAGCGCUUCAGCGUCAAUCAACCCUUAUUUAGUGUUAUCGACGUCGGUCACGGAAAGGAGAGGGCCGACCACAAGAUUAAGGGUACUACAUUUCUCCCGAUUAUAGUGACUAGCGUUGACAUGUUGUCUGCAGAAAUGCUUCGCACCUUUAGCGACAAUCCUACCUGCCGUCACAUCAUCUUUGGUGGCUGCCAUGACGCAGGAUAUCUCCUAAACCUCGAACACUUCAAACACAAUGCCGCCAAAGCCGGCCGGAUCACACUCCUGGAGACUACACCAGCUUACCGUGGAUUCACGGAUUUAGUCAACUUCAAACGCACUCGUUUCGACGACGUCUUCAGGAAUGAGCCCCUGCCCGAUUAUACGCCUCCUACCAACGGCUUCGGUCAGUUGGCCGUGCAGUCGCCGGUGCAGCCUGUAGUACAGCCGCAGCCCCUCUCUCGUUCCGUCACGAACGACAACAAUACGUCGCCCACGUUAAUCUCGAGGGCCCCAGUGGUGUCUCCCUCGCCUAGCGUCACUCCGGUGUCAGCCGCCACACCUAGUGAAUCUAACGGCGACUCUUCGUGGGCCACUGUGGGCAAAUCUGGUGCUCCUGAAAACGGCAACAUUUCCGUCGUACCGACUACAACUGCUACUAAGAAAAAUACUAAGAAGAAGUAUGCUUAUUACAACAAAGGUGGACAACGGCUUGACGAACCACUGCCACCAAAAGAUCCUUCCGCUGUAGCUUCGCUUGAAGCACGCAUGAAAAAAGUAGGCAAGAAGAUGUGUAAUCACUGGCACCUUGGCGGUCACUGCGAAAAUGGAAAGUUCUGUCACUUCCAGCAUGAGCCGAAGCUUACAACGGCUGAACUGAACGCUUUGCGCUACAAAACACGCAGUUUGGCUUGUAAGAACCGCUACUGUGAAAACAUUGAAUGCUGUAAGUACAUAGUGAUCAAGAGGAUUUCAGAGCCCAUCAUCAUUACGGCCACCUUGGUAUACAUUCACAAUGCCGCUAACAUUUCGACUUCAGAUCUCGGCCAUCAAUGCGCCCUCGAGCGCGAUCAAGGCUAUUGCUCAUUUCCUGACAACUGCCACCUUCGGGCUACGCAUGGUAUGGACAGGAUUAAGUAUGUCAGAUACGAUAAAGAUGGUAAUGAGGAUUAUGCUCCUUAG